AUUUCAAUUAUUGGCUCAACGACACUCAUAAAACCAAAAUCCUCACAUGAAGAAUUAAAUACACAUUACCCCACUCUCCCCUGUCUUCUUCUUAUUCAACACCAGUCGCAGAAACAGAGUCCACAGAGAGAAAUGGGGAGUUUGCAAACCAAGGAGAAGAGCCCGAGCGACGCGGUCGUGGAAGGCCUCAAAAACAAGGUCCACCUCCUCCAAUGCGAGAUCCACGAGGUGAUGUGCAUCCGAGAGCGAGAGAGCGAGGUUUACGAGCGCGAAUUAAUGGCGUUCGCCUUCAAGCAAGCUGAGUGGAAGCGAGAGAGGAAGCGCCUCAAGGAUGAAAUUCGAAGCCUCCGGAAGGUUCUAGAACAUAGUAACAAUGAUCACAAUCAUAUAAUUUCCGAUGAGGAGCAGGCGAGGAGAGAUCAGACGCUGGAGAAGUGGAAGGAGCUGUAUUUCGCGAUUAAAGUGGAGCUCGACGAUCUGAUUCGGCGAACGCGUGAAGAGGAGAGAUUGUGCUGGAAGACGGAGGGGGAUGGGGAUGUGAUGCUGGAGAUGAAGCGGGAGGUGGCGGCGAAGGGGGAGAGGAUUGAGUUUCUGGAGGCGAGGCUGGCGGCGAUGGAGCGGCAGGAGGUGAAGAGGGAGAGGGAGAUGGAUAUUUUGAGGCAGAGUUUGAGGAUUAUGAGCCAUAAGAAGAGAUCGUCGGCGGCGGCCAUGGCUAAGCAUCAAAGGAGAUCGACAAUUCGGGAAUUGUGAAUGCUGUUAAUUAGUGUUGAUUAGGGUUUUCUGGUUGAUUAAUUAGGGCUCUCUGCAUGUGUUGCUGCGUGAAGGAGAGGGGGAAUAUACAAGCAAUUGUCUUUACUUGCUUUUUUUUUAUGUGAUGAUUAACGUGAUUGAAUCGGUGGCUGUUUUGUGCUUUCCUAUGCUAUACGAAUCGAUUGGACAAAAUCGAUCAUUUAUUAACGUGUUA